GUAAAAAUUUUGUGUUGCUGACGAGACGCUGGUGGAGAUGCGGAAGUAGACGGUUGUAACAAUUAGCCACCUUGCAAGCUAAUUAUUUACUUAACUGAAGAUUUACUUGAUAAAGACAACGAUAAAUAGGUCCUGAAUUGAAUGAUAUAUCCUUUGAUACGUAUUUGUUGGUGAAACCUACAUAUUUCCUCGCUCAACCAGGAGGGAAUUUGAAAACAAUCGAACUCCCUGUCAGGUGUGUAGGAGGAAGGUCUUGAUGGCAGACCACACUGAUGUCAGCCUGCCCCCUGAGGACCGUGUCCGUGCCCUGACCAAGAAGGGCAGCUCUGUGGACGUGAACGAGGACGUUCCUCCCCGGAGGUACUUCAGGUCAGGCGUGGAGAUGAUCCGUAUGGCCAACACCUACACCGAGGAGGGCAACGCCGAGCACGCCUUCGUACUCUACAACAAGUACAUCACGCUCUUCAUUGAGAAGCUUCCUAAACAUAGAGAUUACAAAACAGCCAACAUUCCAGAGAAGAAGGACACCUUGAAGAGGCUGAAGGAGGUGGCCUUCCCUCAAGCAGAGGUGCUGAAGAAGGCUCUUCUCAAGAUAUAUGAGCAGGAGCAUGCACAGUAUCUCAGCAAAAAGAAAGCGGAGGAGGCAACCUUGGCGCAGCAGCAGUCGAAGCAGCAGGCGCUAGAAGCAGAGCGAGAGCGUGUGGUGGAACUGCAGCGACGCCAACGGGAACAAGAGCAGUUCAGCGCCUUCGAGGAGAUGAUCAGACGGCAGGAGCUGGAGAAGGAGAGGCAGCGUAUCCUUCAGGAGUUUCAUGCUCCUGGGACCCCUCCCCCCGAUGCACCCCUACUCCCAGGGAUCCAGGGCCCCCCUCUGCCCCUGGCCGUGUCCCCCACCCCCCCUCAGAGCCCGGGGGACAGCGCCGGCCAGGUCAGACCGCUCCCCACCUUCGACCGGACGCUCAAACCUGUGAGCCCUAGUGGGAACAGCAACACCAUGGAUGGGAUGGUGGAUGGCAUCCGGCAGCUGGCAGUGCCCUCAGAGCUCUGCAGCAGCUUCCUCAGGCUAGCUGAGUCCAACACCAGCCGAGCUGUGGAGACCUGUGGCAUCCUCUGUGGCAAACUGCUGAGGAAUGCGUUCACAGUGACCCAUGUGAUCGUGCCGAAGCAGAACGGAGGGCCAGACUACUGCGACACGGAGAACGAAGAGGAGCUGUUCCUGAUCCAGGACCAGUAUGACCUCAUCACCCUGGGCUGGAUACAUACCCACCCCACCCAGACAGCCUUCCUGUCCAGUGUCGAUCUCCACACACACUGUUCCUACCAGCUCAUGAUGCCGGAGGCUAUCGCUAUUGUCUGCUCACCCAGGUUCAACGAGACGGGCUACUUCAGGAUAACAGACCGUGGGAUGGAUGAGAUCUCAACGUGUAAACAGAAAGGUUUCCACCCUCACAGCAAAGACCCUCCUCUCUUCACUGGAGCAGGACACAUCACCGUCACCGAGGACAGAGUCACCAUGUUGGACCUGCGGUGAUCACCUCUGGACUGGGGAUCUACACACCAAACGCUGGCUGGCUGGUUGGCUGGCUGACUGACUGUAUUUGUUUAUUAGGAUCCCCAUUUAGCUUUUUAAGAAGCAGCAGCUACUCUUCCUGGGAACCAUAAAAAUCACAAAACAUGACAAGUAACUGAUAAAGUUGACUGGCUGACCUGCCUGGCCAGCUGACAUCUGGCUGAAUUUGGGGUUGCAUAAUUCUGGUAAUUUUCUUUAAAUUGUUGUAAAAUGACCAGGGUUCCAUGAAUCUUGGUUGGAGAUUUUCCCGGAUUUCCAGGAAUAUUCCAACCAGGAUUUCUGGAUAAUCCAGGAAUUUGGAGAAAGACUGUUAAAAGACAGAGACAUCUUACUUCUAAACCCAUUGUUCUACCCAUCAGUACAGACAGUGGGAAUGGUUCAUUAAGGGACCUCCUGCUCUCACUGUCCUCCGUUGAACUAAAGCAGACCGCUUCUCGUAGGGGGAAGGACAACUCUCCUGGGUCCACUCCCACUUUUCUGUCUUAGUCUUUAUUUAAAAAGUGAGUCACCUCUGGAAUAAAACUAUCACUCCAUAAAGCUCUGCUAGGCUUGCUGCCAACAGUCCGUUUAUGAUUUCAUAUCCUUUUCGAUGGUUUUCUGCUUUUUUUUGCUCAGAGCUUACCUGUCUCACAGGCUGGCUACCUGUCUCACAGGCUGGCUACCUGUCUCACAGGCUGGCUACCUGUCUCACAGGCUGGCUACCUGUCUCACAGGCUGGCUACCUGUCUCACAGGCUGGCUACCUGUCUCACAGGCUGGCUACCUGUCUCACAGGCUCUACCUGUCUCACAGGCUGGCUACCUGUCUCACAGGCUGGCUACCUGUCUCACAGGCUGGCUACCUGUCUCACAGGCUGGCUACCUGUCUCACAGGCUGGCUACCUGUCUCACAGGCUGGCUACCUGUCUCACAGGCUGGCUACCUGUCUCACAGGCUCGCAGGCUGGCUGGCUACCUGUUUCUCAGGCUCGCAGGCUACCUGUCUGGCAGGCUGGCUGGCUGGCUCAGAUCAGAGAGGAUCUAUAGGCAAUGUGAGAGGAUUUUUCCUACAAAACUGUCUCAUGUGUUGCACAGGAGGCUGCUGAGGGGAGGAGCUGAAUAAAUGGAUCAAACACAUGGUUUCUGUUUCAUUCAUUUAUUAUGAGCUGUCCUCCCCUCACCAGCCUCCGGGGGUGUAUAUGGUCUGACAGGGCAUGCAGACCUAACAGUCUAUCCUAAGGAAAAUGCCAAGGAGAACUGACUAGAGACGAUGACGCCGUACGUCUUGAUUUUCUUCCAGUUUGUGAUCGUCAUAAUAAGAUGACUAACAGCUGCACUCUCAUGGACAACAGAUAGAAAUACAACGAGAGGCAUGCCUUUUCAGUACCAUCUAUUUUAUCUGGAUCUUCCACAAGGACGAGGGGGAUGUCGCCCCCUAGAUGCUGAUCUUGGAUUUGGCAGUUUCCCCACGAAUGGUUAAUGUUAUGUUUGGGGAGGCCGAUUCCAGACCUGUAGCCCGGAGCGUUCCACAACGUUGUGUGUUUGAACGCAGCAUCCAUCUAGUGCUUAUUAAGGGACCUUUGUGUCUGUUUAGACAGCAGUUGAAGAAAUGGGUGAAAGGCAGUUUGAAUGCGUAUAACUGUUGGACUAAUGCUGUCCCGUGUGAUUAAUAACUAUUAUCUGUAUGUUCAUGCUUCUCUCUGUCCUAUUAAUGACUUGUCAGGCUGCUGUAGAUGGUUCUCAAUGUGUUCAGCUGUAAUUAAAUGGCUAAGUGAGGCUCUGUUCCAGUAUGGCCAUGUCACUGGCUUUGGAAGCGCUUUAAUAAAGGGGAACUUCCCCAUCUGAAUAUUGCUUCUCUUGCUUUCCCAAAUAUAUCCACUAGGGGGAGACAAAUAGUAGAACAUGUUUUGAGGUUUGCUCUCUGUCCCCCCCAACCCGUUCUCUAUCCACCCCUUCUCAUUUCAAUUCAAGGGCUUUAUUGGCAUGGGAAACAUAUGUUAACAUUGCCAAAGCAAGUGAAAUAGAUUGUAAACAGAAGUGAAAUUAACAAUCAAAAUUAACAGUAACCAUUACACUAAAGAGUUCCAAAAGAAGAAUGAAUUUUCAAAUGUCAUAUUAUGUGUGUAUAUAUACAGUGUUGUGGUGAUGUGCAAAUAGUUAUUAAAGUACAAAAGAGAAAAUAAACAUAAAUAUAGUUUGUA